AUGGCUCCUGUAGAGGUGGGAUCUAUGGUGCUAGUGACCGGUGGCAACGGCUUUAUUGCCGCCCACUGCAUCGCAACUCUUUUAUGCUCCAAGUAUCGCGUUCGGGCGACAGUGCGCUCCGUUGAGAAAGGAGAGGCUACGCGCAGGUCUCUGAACGCUGGUGGAGUUAGCAAUCUUUCUCUCCUUGAAAUCGCUGUUGUGCCCGAUCCAACCGAUCUCAAGGCUUUCGCUGCCACACUCGAAGGUUGUCAGUCAAUCUUGCAUUUGGCGUCUGCGUUCAAUUACGAUGCAGUCCCUGGAGAAUUUGAAGAAAAGCUCAUGAUCCCCGCGGUCAAGGGUACACAGGUCGUCUGCGAGGCUGCUCGGUUGAAUCAGAAUGUUCGCCGUGUUGUGAUCAUGUCGAGUUUUGCAAGCGUUUAUGAUGCAAGUCUGGGCCUGCAACCGGGGCGUGUCUAUACUGAAAAGGACUGGUGUCCAUUGACCUAUGAAGACGGCGUGAAUGCAUCGAUGGUGCCCAUUGCGUAUCGCGCGUCCAAAGUUGUUGCAGAGCGCGCUGCUUGGGAUUACAUCCGUGACAACCCAGUUCAAUAUCAGCUGAUGACGCUAUGCCCUGGAAUGGUUUUCGGCCAGAUGAUCCACCCGAUUUCCUCUCUUUCCCAUCUCAACGCCAGCAAUCAGAUUAUCUGGCAGGUCAUGAGUGCAGGAAAGGAUGCCAAGCUUCCACCCACCAAAGCUCCUGUCUGGAUUGAUGUGGAGGAUUUGGCCGAAACAAGUUUGAAAACAUUAACAUUCUCAGGCACCGGCAAUGAGAGGUUUCUGGUAACCCAGGGGUCCUAUGAUACGCAAGAGGUUGCCGAUAUUAUUCGUUCUAGGCUUUCGGACAGGCAUCGUGCUCCAGUGGGCGAGCCUGGGAAGCGCAUUGCGGCUACACACUACUCAUGCAAUUCUUCAAAAGCACAGGAGCUUUUAGCGAUGAAUUUUCGAACACUGGAGGAGUCAAUAAUUCCAUUGGCGCAUCAGCUUUAUGACAUGGAGGGAAUUUGUGCCAGUACCAUUUAA